UGUGCUACGACGGCAACCAAUGCUUCCAAUCUCAGGGCACAUAUCAGAACUCAUUCUCCAGAGGAAAAGAAAUACUUUUGUGAGGUAGAAAGCUGCAAUAGAAGGUUCCUAAGGAGCGCUGACCUUGAACGGCAUAAGAAAACUCAUUCUCCUAGAACCAAAAUGUAUGUCUGCGAGUAUUGUAUGAAGGGGUUUACAAGGAAGGACUCAUUGAUGAGACAUCAAGGGAAGAGUUGCGGAACGUAUCGCACGAAUGAGAAGCACCAAUUCUAUACCUGA